ACUGAUGGCCCGUCUGUGCUGCAUGUCAACAGCAGCACAGAUGGGGCAACCCAUCCCCUGGCCCUUUUAACCAAUACCCAAUCAGUUAAUUUAAGAUCGAAAUUUGAUAACACAGGAAUCACUAAACAAUCAGCAGUAUCUCUGAAGCAGGGAGCGUUGAAGACUGAGACGAAAAUCAUUGAUGCUAAUGAUAAUGAUAGAGAUAAGGAUAGGAUAAGUUUGGGGGUAGACAAUUGUAAAGUGGGGAAGAUGAGGUAUGACAAUGGGAGGAUGACGUUUGAUAAUGGGAAUAUAUCGGAUUUGGUGAGCUUCGCUGAGAGGUACGAGGAGAUAAGGUCCAAGAGGUCGUUGUCGUCGCCUCAGUUGUUUCAGAAGCCACUGGCCAGGUCCAAGGUGUACAGAAAGGCGUCUUUGAAGAGCUCUAGUUGUGAGGUCAGGAGGAACUCCAUGGGCAGGUGCAGUGGCAAGGGAAGGGUCAGGAAGAGGGAGGACGAGGUCAGGGAGGAGGGGGUGCACAUUAUUUGUAAUCCUUUGGCUACGCAGUAUCCUUACGCUACGCCUUUUGGGAAGGGAAAGGAUCUGGAGGUGGGGGAGGACGAGCCCAAGUGCAGUCACAGCUCUUGUGGGGGCUUCCUGCCCAUUUUCUCGCUCAUACCUCAGGGGGUGGUUAGUCUACAGUACUUGAGCCCCAAGAUGAAGUUCUCGUGGUGGAGGAAUAAGAUAUCGUGAAGGCACGCUUAAGGAGGUGGAGGCUUUGGCUUGGGGAGAUGGUGCUAGGGGGGCUGUUAUGGGGUUGGCAUAUUUUUUAUUUUUUUGGGGGGUGGUAGGGAAAUGGUGAAGUGGUAAAAGAGGAUUGGGGGUGGGGAAGAAUGAGUGAAUGGUUUCAGGGGGAAUUGUCGGAUUAUAUCUUGGUAAGGGAUUUUGGGGGAAAGUGUCGGGGGAUAUUUUUGGGUGGAAAUUUUGGCAGCUUUAAAAAAGAUUUAUGACUUUUUGCUGGAGGAUCACUCGUUCUGACGGUCGUUUGACCUUCAAGACCAUUUUUUCGUCAACUCCAGACGUUCUUACAUUUUUUUCAAUAUUAAAUUUCUCUACAAAAAAAAAUCCUCUGACAUUUCCCCUUAAAUCACAUCUCUCCGAGAUAAAUUAUAAUUCGAUUUUUACCACUUCACUGUAUAAUUCAUCUCUGAGGUCUCUGUUUUUGAUAAAUAUUUUCGAGUCUAAGAGAGAUGAGGAAAUUUUUUGUGAGGGUAUCGCGAUAAUUUUGAUAUCCACUUCUGCUAUUUUCUAGUUAUUCCUCGAAAACUGUUACCAAUCCUGUUUUUAAUGAAUUGAUUUUACGUGUUUUAUUGUCUUAAUGUCAAUUAUAACAUCAUAGAUUGUAAUCCUGUUAUAUCCCCUUUGUGAUUGUCAUCGUACGUGAUACAAUUUUUGUAGUGAAAUUGUAGAUUUUAUCGAGAGAAAUGAUAUUGUCUUUCAGCAUCAGGCAUUUCGAUGUACCUUUCUCAUUCGCUUUACAUUACCCCCAACAGCAAAAUAUUUUAAUUAAUUGCAUAAACAACGUGCUUAAUUAGCUAUCUAUUAAAAGAGUUGAUUAUCAACUCAAAAAAAAAAACAAUUGGAGAGAAAAAAAUGAAAGGAACAUUAUGAUUGAAUUUGUGAAUUGUGCUGAGCGCAGAAUGAAAAAUUAUUGUUUUCAUUUAUCUCAUUUUUUCUUAACAAACACUUCAGACUCAUUAAUUGUUACGUUGGGGAGUAAUUGAAGGCGGAUAAUCUCAGUCGAUGCAGGAAUAACUGCGAUUGAUUAGUCAUUCCUGUGUAAUUUUAAGAAAAAAAAAUACAAAAAAACAAAAAAAAUACAAAUUUUAUUCUCUGUGAGCGUUAUGUAUGCUAAGAAGAAAUACUAUUAUAUAUACAGAAUAUAUUGAUAUAAAAAUAUUACUAUGUCUCUCUGCGAUAAGUCUCUAGAGAUUAUUAUCAAAAAAAAGGAAAUAAGUGGUGAAACGAUUGAAGAAAAUUGAAAAAGACAAACGAGUCGAUUUCGGCAUUUCGUUAAUUACUCAAUUAUCUCGUUAAUGAGUCAUUCUAGGAGAAAGUGUUCUGCGAGCAAUUUGCAGGAGAUUAAAUUCCCUGUAAAUAAUGUAUUUGAGAAUUUCCCCUGAAACCGCUCGUUAUCGAGAUAAUUCAAGCUCGAAGAAUGGAAAAAAUCGAUUUGUUCUUUUACGUUUCACCACUUGAUUGCUGAACCAAUAAUUAAUAGAAUCUAACAUCAAAGUUAUUUAAUACGAAAAUUUUUACCUGGAUCUUACGAACGGACAUACCGCACACGAUUAAAAGGAAAAAUCUAUGAAUGUCGUAGAGAAAAAGCUCUUCAGAAGAUUUUUUAAAUCCUAAAAGGAGAUUAAAAAAUAUAGAAUUCUUUCAUUAAACUCUUUAGUGUCACUAGAAUAAUCGAAAAAUGAGAGACCUGUACCUUAUAUUUCUGUACGAGAGAUAAGUAAUAGUUCUAUUAGAGAAAAAAUGAAAUAAAACAAAAAAAAAAUGAGAAAAUCUAUGUAAAUUCGUAGAAAGUAAUUCCUUUAGAGAUAAAAAACCUUUGAAAUCGAAGAAAUGACUAUUUUAAUUAAGCAUACAAAUUGCAUCAAUCAAAUGGUCUAUUUAUUGAAUGAUUUAUAUGUCUGAAGGGAAAUAAAUUACGUUUCAUCUGCAAAUGAAUUCGGUUUAAACAGUAAGGUAAAUAUUGUGGGAGUGGGUGACACGUUGCAUCCACUGAAUUACUGAAUUACAGAUUAUUAUCUGUAGAUUAUUCUGUAGAAUUAACUGUUGCAUGCUGAAUCAACGAAUUUAUGUAUCAUAUUUACAGCAAUAAAACGAGAAAUUGAGAUAGUAAGAA